AUGGCCGACGAGCCAGGCCAGCCGCCUGCGCUCACCACCCUUUCCCUUGCCGAACAAGCUCCUUCGUCUCAUGCUGUUGAACAACGAAUAACGCCUUUUGAUGUCUCUGGAGGUGUUGAUGAAACCGGAAAGCUGUUACCUGUCGACUAUACCAAAUUGAUACAGCAGUUCGGCGCAACGCCAAUAUCUCCAACCCUCCUUGAGCGUUUCGAAAAAGUCACAGGCAAGAAGCCGCAUCGCUUUCUGAGAAGGGGGAUUGUAUUCAGUCAUCGAGACCUUGAAAAAAUAUUGGAUCGACAUGAAAAGGGCCAACCGUUUUAUCUUUAUACGGGGAGAGGACCGAGUAGCGGUUCAUUACAUGUUGGACAUGCAAUACCCUUCGAGUUUACAAAAUGGCUCCAAGAUGUCUUCGACGUUCCCCUUGUUAUAAUGCUCACCGACGACGAAAAGUACAUGCACAGCCCGAAGCUCGAAAUCUCAGACUCCAAACGCUUCACCACCGAAAACGCCAAAGACAUCAUCGGCAUCGGCUUCGACCCGGCUAAAACCUUUAUCUUCUCUGACUUCGACUAUGUGUCAGGCGCCUUUUACGAAAAUAUCUGUCGCAUGGCCAAACGCAUCACCAUCAAUUCCGUCCGCGCCACCUUCGGCUUCACCGACAGCAACAACGUCGGCGAAUUCCACUUCUGCGCCACUCAAUCCGCCACCAGCUUCGCAACUUCGUUCCCGCAUAUCUUUGGUUCUGACCCGCUCAAGACGCGAUCGAUACCCUGCCUUAUUCCCUGCGCCAUAGACCAAGACCCUUAUUUCCGCCAAUGCCGCGAACACGCCGAGAAGAUGAAAUACAAGAAACCUUCCCUCAUCCACUCCAUCUUCCUCCCGGCACUCCAGGGCCCGGGAUCGAAAAUGUCUGCAUCGGUAGACAUAUCCGCCAUUUUCCUGACCGACACACCGAACCAGAUCAAAAAUAAAAUCAAUAAAUACGCGUUCUCUGGUGGGCAGGACACGGCAGAGAAACAGAGGGAACUGGGUGGACGGACAAAAUAUGAUGUGGCAUUCCAGUAUCUUACCUUCUUCAUGGAGGAUGAUAACGAGUUGGAGCAGAUCAGGCAUGCCUACGAAAAAGGGGAGAUGUUGACGGGCGAGCUGAAAGGGAUUUGUAUCAAGUAUCUGCAAGAGUAUGUGGCUGGGUUUCAGGAGAGGAGGAAGAAGGUCACAGAGGAGAUGAGGGGGGAGUUUAUGGCUGUUAGGGGGUUGACGUGGGGUGGGAAUCCAAAUCCGGUGCCUACGGAGGUGGUGGAGAAGAAAGGAGCUCAGAAGGAGAAGGAGAAAAGCGGGAAGCCAAAUGGAGAAUUGAAAAAUUAA